CUCCAAACCGCCGCUCGUCUCGUAAUCUUUCAACUGACACGCUUCGUACUAGGAGGUCACAUCGAUCAACCUCGAGGGAAAAGGAAAAGAGAGAGAGGCGUCGUGACAGAGGGGAACCAGACGAGAGGAGGAGACGUAGCCGCAGUCGCGAUAAAGGAAGUGAGAGAGGCUACCGCGGCGAUAGGGAUCGCUCUCGUGACCGACACAGGGAGAAAGACCGGGACCGACGUCGUGAAAAGGAUGGCGACAGAGGACACCGUAGCAGUAGGCCUCAUGAAGGUGGAGACGGAAGACAUGGUCAUCGUGACCGUGACAGGGAGGACAGGGACAGAGACCGUCGACGCAAGAGGGGAGAUGAUGAGGAUUUCUCAGAACGAGGCAUGGAGGAGAGGUAUAAAAGGAAGAGGUCUGACGGUGACCCAGAUGAUCAUCCUCCCCCGCCUCCACCUCCUGUUGGACUGCCGCCGCCGCCACCACCGCCUAGAGACAGUCCCCGUUCUGAACGAAGGGGCGGCGAUAGACUCCCCGUGGACAAAGAUGAAUUCGAUGAUUCCCCUGGAUAUCGAAGGGAUAACGGUCGACGUCCUCGUGAUGAUGAAGAUGGGGUUAGGGAACGUCGUCGCCGCACCAGGAGUCCGCCUCCACCUGUCAAACGCCCCUCUCCGGUGUACGAAGCUCCCCCGGAAGAGCCAUACAACCCUGACGAACCCAAAGAGGAUGAUUCCGAAGCACGAUCAGUUUUCGUUUCGCAACUCGCUGCUCGUUUGACUGCUCGAGACUUAGGUUACUUUUUCGAAGACAAGCUCGGAGAAGGCACUGUUAUGGAUUCUAGGAUUGUGACGGACAGAUUAUCGCGUCGAUCAAAGGGUAUUGGUUAUGUUGAGUUCCGCACUAUUGACCAUGUCGAGAAGGCCCUCGCUCUUUCGGGCACUGUCGUAAUGGGAUUGCCUAUCAUGGUACAGUUGACUGAAUCAGAAAGAAACAAGUUACAUCCAGGAGACGGGUCCCUCAAUCUUCCUCCCGGAGUAACGGCCUCACAUGGCGCAAUAUUAUAUGUCGGAUCUUUGCAUUUUAAUCUUACCGAAUCCGAUAUCAAGCAGGUCUUUGAACCCUUUGGUGAACUAGAAUUCGUCGAUCUUCACAGAGAUCCAAUGACAGGACGAAGCAAAGGCUACGCUUUUGUUCAAUAUAAGAGGUCAGAAGAUGCGCGCAUGGCGCUCGAACAAAUGGAAGGCUUUGAAUUAGCUGGUCGAACUCUACGUGUAAACACUGUUCAUGAAAAGGGAACCGCACGCUACACUCAGCAGGAUUCAUUAGAUGAAGCUGGCGGUGGUAACUUGAACGCUGCAUCUCGUCAAGCGCUAAUGCAGAAACUUGCUAGGACCGAAGCACCCCCGACCUUCACAGAACCAGUGGCGAGACCUAAUAUUCCACAGGCUAUGCAAUCUCGUUCAGUUCUCCUCAAAAAUAUGUUCGAUCCUGAAGAGGAAACGGAACGUGACUGGGAUAAAGAACUUGCUGAUGAUGUAAAAGUAGAAUGUGAGAACAAGUAUGGCAAGGUAGAGGCAAUCAAAGUGGAAAGGGAAACUCAGGGAGAAAUUUAUCUCAAGUUUGAUUCCAUCGAAUCGGCGAAGCAAGCCAUCCAAGGAUUGAAUGGUCGAUGGUUCGGCGGACGCCAGGUUUCUGCAGCAUUCAUUUCAGAUGCCAUUAUGCAAGCCCAUCAGUAGGACCCCUUACGAUCUGGGCUGACCGUUUAUGGAUGAAAUGAGUUGCUACUGAAUUUUUUAUCUCUUUUAUGACAGAUCCAAAUAUAAACAAUUCGUUUGACUCCUCCCUUUCUUCCUUGGUGAUUCGUAAUUUCUCAAAAUGAGCAUCCCAUGCAGAUUUUGCUUUCUUCCCUCGAGGUCUUGUCGGCAGGCGCCAGAGGCCGUUUCCGCAGCUCGGAUGGCCCACUAUACCUUCACUCCAAAGCUCUUCUUUGUCCUUUAGAUUUCCAGUAUCAAGAGUGGUCUUACUUCCUCUACAUAGAUACUGCUGAGAGUCACUGAUCACAACAUUCACUUGGAGGCUCAUGACAUUAAAUAAGUAACACGGUCAUUCUUUCACUCUUUGAUUUACUGCUAGAAUAAAUGACAAUUUGAGUUGAGUAGC